GAACAAUGUGAACUUUUUCCCUCUUAUUUUAACCCUAGAGCCCUCUCUCUCUCUCUCUCUUCUGUUCACACACAGAUGCACGCACUAGAAAGUUUUUAAAGACUCUAAAAUGAUUGAAAUCAUUUUAAUCGAACAAAGUCAAUAAUAUAUGGGUUCUCAAUUCUCUUGUACUGUUCAAAGAGAAAAAACUGCAAUAGAAGCAUGGCUUUAGAAGCCCUUUCUUCCAACGAACUCUUGAACUUCAUCAUCUAUGACUCCAUUUCUGCUGCCCCUUAUAGCUGCAAUGACUCCUCAGACACUACUAGCUUGCUACCUCAAGAAAAUGUCGGUGGCUGCUCCUCCAUGGCACGGCUGAACCACCCACCAGUGGUGGUGGAAACGACCCAAAAGCCACAGGAUUUGGCCGUCCAAAGCCGAAAGAAGAGAAGGAGAAGACCAAAAGUCUGCAAGAAUAAAGAGGAAGCUGAAACACAAAGAAUGACACACAUAACUGUUGAAAGAAAUCGUCGUAAACAAAUGAACGAGCAUCUAGCAGUCUUGCGCUCCCUCAUGCCGGAAUCUUAUGUACAAAGAGGUGACCAGGCCUCAAUUGUUGGAGGUGCUAUAGAAUUCGUUAAGGAUCUCGAGCACGUUUUACAGUCACUCGAAGCAAAGAAAUUCUCACUACUUCAACACGCUGCUACUGCUGAGAAUGGAGGUGCAAACCACAACACAAAUGACUCGAUCAAAGUGUUAACAAACAACCCUUUCGCACAAUUCUUCUCAUACCCACAAUUCAGUUGCUCUAAUUUGCCCAACAAAUAUACAUCUCAGAAUAAGGCUGCCAUUGCGGACAUUGAAGUCACCUUGAUUGAAACUCAUGCAAACAUAAGAAUCCUUUCUCGUCGAAGAAUUCGACAGCAUUCCAAGAUUGUUGCUGCCUUUCAAACUAUGUUUCUCUCCAUACUUCACCUCAAUGUUACCACUUUGGAUCCACUCGUUCUCUACUCUAUCAGUGCCAAGGUAGAAGAUGGUUGCCAACUAAAUUCAGCAGAUGAAAUGGCUGGUGCAGUUCACCGCAUGUUAAGAAUAAUUGAGGAGGAAGUUAUCCUAUGUUGUCAAUCUUAGGUUUAUAUAUCAAACUUUUGUGUCUAAUCUUGUUCAAUCUUCGACUAGCACAGUUGUAAUUUUGUUAAGGACUGAUGUAGGACCAUUAGCUAGGGGUUCCAUAUCUCGCUUUUCUUUGACAAAUUUUUAGAGUUUAAAUAAUUCGUAUAGAAAAUGAUAAAAUCACUACAUGAUGUGCGUAAUUCGGAUGCAUUAGAGGUCUGAUUGGAAAGAGGAAGAAAAAAUUGCUUUUGAA